AAGCUUCUGAAGUGGAGAAUACAAAUUGAAGUAAUUUAAGUUCUCAAGUUUUAAUAAAACUUUAGUCAGAAAUCAAUCAUGGUUCUCUCAGAUGCUCUCGUGAUUGUCUUCAUUAGUUUGUUUACGGCUUUUCUUGGUGAAGGGGUUACUUAUAUCCUUGUAUACCGUACAGAAAAAUACCAAAAACUGAAAGUGGAAAUCGAAAAGCAAACAAAAAAAUUGGAGAAAAAGAAAGAAGUUUUAGGAGAGGCUCUAGAUAAACAACAAAAGAAGAAAAUCGAGAGAGAUGAAGAAAGGUUGAAAAAUAAUAACCGUGACUUGUCACUUGUCAAAAUGAAGUCCAUGUUUUUCACUGGAUUUGCCUUCACAGCUCUUCUUUCAAUGUUUAAUUCAAUUUUCGAUGGUAAAGUUGUUGCACGAUUACCAUUUGUCCCAAUCUCAUGGAUCCAGGGACUGUCACAUAGAAAUUUGCAAGGCGAUGACUACACUCAAUGCUCUUUCAUCUUCCUCUAUAUUCUCUGCACCAUGUCAAUUCGACAGAAUGUUCAGAAAAUUCUUGGUUUUUCACCAAGUCGUGCUGCCAGCAAGCAAGGAAUUUUUGGCGCACAACCGGGACAGUUUAAGUGAAAUGUUUUAGUCAUUGAAAGUUCUGACAGCUUUGUGAACAAUAAAAUGAAAUUAUUUUUAUUGAAAUAGAAAUUAAAUUGGAUAAUUUGGAUGAAAUUAAUUUUUUCUAUCCAGGUCACAACCCAACAUUUUAUUUAUAAAUUUCAAAUGAUGUAGUUUUCUAACAUUGGUUCGUUCUUAACAAUUCUUUCAAAUCCGAGUCUUGUAAGAUCGAUUGUAGUGAAACGUCCAUCGAGGAUUAAUUCGGCAACAGCUCUUCCACUUGCUGGACUUUGUUGAAUGCCUUAAAUUACA